AUGGACUCUCUAGCAACAUCAAUCAACCAAUUUGCCCUGGAGUUUAACAAGAAGAUAGCUGAAACUGCAGAGGGUAAAAACAUUUUCUUUUCCCCCUGGGGCCUGGCAAAUUCCUUGGCCAUGGUGUACUUGGGCGCGAAAGGCAACACUGCAGCUCAAAUGGCCCAGGUGCUUCACUUGAACCAAGACCAAGAUGUCAGAUCUUGUCCUGAAAGUGAAAAGAAAAGGAAAAUGGAAUUAAGCAUGAGUAAUGAAGAAGUAAACUCCAAUUUCCAGACACUUAUCUCAGAAAUCAACAAGCCCAGCAAUGCCUACAUCCUUAAGACAGCCAAUGGGUUAUAUGCAGAGAAAACUUAUUCAUUUCACAAAAAAUAUAUAGAAGACAUGAAAAAAUAUUUUGGUGCAGAGCCACAGUUUGUUAAUUUUGCGGAAACUCCUGACCAAACCAGAAAGGUGAUCAACUCUUGGGUCACAAACCAGACCGAAGGUAAAAUCCUCAAUCUCCUCCCUGAGAACUCCGUGGAAGCUACAACCAAGAUGGUUCUGGUGAAUGCCCUUUACUUUAAAGGAAUGUGGGAACAUCAAUUCUUAGUGGCAAACACCACAGAGAAGCCUUUCAGAGUAAACAAGACCACAAGCAAGCCAGUGCAGAUGAUGUCAAUGAAAGAAAAACUCCUUAUAUUUCAUAUAGAAGAGCCAAAAGCCAACGGUGUUCAACUUUAUUAUGAGAAUCGUGACCUCAGCCUUCUCAUACUGCUGCCAGAAGACGUCAGUGGCCUGGAGCAGCUGGAAAGGGCCAUCACCUACAAGAAGCUGAGUGAGUGGACCAGAGCCGACAUGAUGGAGCUGUACGAAGUUCACCUGCAUCUUCCCAAAUUCAAGCUGCACAACAAUUAUGACCUGAAGGAGGUCCUGAGCCAAAUGGGCAUGAGAGAUGCCUUUGACCAGUCCAGAGCUGACUUCUCGGGCAUGUCUUCACUGAACUACCUAUAUCUAUUCAAUGUCUUCCACAACUCUUUCGUGGAAAUAAAUGAACAAGGGACGGAGGCUGCAGCAGGCUCUGGGAGUGUCAUGGAUAUCCGGGUUCAACUCCCCUCCCUGGAAUUCAAGGCAGACCACCCUUUCCUCUUCUUCAUCAGGCACAACAAAACCGAGAGCAUCCUUUUCUAUGGAAGAUUCUGCUCCCCCUAA